AUGAGCGAUGAAAAAGCCACACUUGAUCAAGUAUAUCCUGCCCAGCCACAAUUCGACCUCGAGGACGACGAAGCCCAGAGUCUACGCACCGAUGUCCCCUUCCCUGUAGACCCCGAUGCUCCUGAAGAACAGCAGUUCACAUUCCGCGCUGUCUUUGUCGGUUGUGCCCUGGGCGCUGUCAUCUCUGCCAGCAAUGUCUACCUUGGGCUCAAGACAGGUUGGACCUUUGGCGCCUCGCUCUUUGGCUCCAUUUUCGGUUUCGCCAUUCUCAAGCCGCUUUCCAAAGCCCUCCCCGAACGCUUCGGGGGAGGCUACUUCGGCCCCAAGGAGAACGUCUGCUGCCAAAGUGCCGCGACCGCUGCUGGCUCCCUAGGCCUGCUCUUUACGUCCGGCUUCCCUGCUGCGUACCAACUCGGGCUGUUGGGAGACGACCCGGUCUCUGAUUUCGGACGUCUCAUCACUUUCACCCUCUGCUGCGCCUACGUCGGCAUCUUCUUCACCAUGCCCUUGCGCCGUUUGUACAUCCUCAAGCUCAAACUAACGUUCCCCAGUGCUGUCGCCGCGGCCUUCACGAUACGCUCUCUCCACGUCGGCCGAAAUGCAGCCGCGAACGCCCGCAAGAAGACUCUCGCUCUCAUCCUCUCGUUUCUCAUCUCCAUCCUCUGGCGUAUCACAAGCGAGUACGCUCCCGGAAUCUUGUGGGACUGGCAUUGGGGAUGGUGGUUCUACAGGGCGGGAUGGAAGUGGAUCAUUGCCGCAGAGAACUGGGGCUGGAUUUGGGAAUGGACCCCCGCGUUCAUGGGCGUCGGCCUCCUGGUACCCAUCAACUCGUCCAUUUCCUUCGUCGGCGGCUCAGCCUUGGGCUGGGCUAUCAUAGGACCAGCACUCGUGGCCACCAACCUGGCGUUCGGCUCCCCGGGCUCAAAGACAGGAGAGUUCCCGGAGUACAUCAAUUACGCGAACAUGGUUCUCGACGACCCUGUAAACGCGCCGUCGCCCAAGUACUGGAUGAUCUGGCCCGGCUGCGCGAUUCUCCUGUGCGCCAGCAUGGCAGAGAUCGCGGCGAACGGAAGCGCAGUGGUCCGGAGUCUCGCGACGACCUUCGUACCUCUCGUCCAGACCGUCCGGGCUGUCGUCUCGGGGCAACAGCGGGAACCCAUGGGCGGCGACGACGAGAAGGAAGACCCGUUCCACGAUCCUGUGCCCGCCGACCAACAAGUCCCGUGGUGGAUGUGGACUGGGGGACUCGCCGCGGGCAUGGCACUGACGAUGAUCGUCAUGAAGGUCCAGUUUGGCCAAAACGCCGGCGUCACGCUCCUCGCCCUCCUCUUCUCCUUCCUCUUCUCCCUCGUUGGCGCGGAAUGCACCGGGCGCGUCUCCGUCACUCCCGUGACGACGCUCGGAAACUUCGCGCAGCUCGUGUUCGGCGGCAUCUCAAAGGGCACCGGCCUCGCGCCCGCCGCGAACCAGCUCAACAACGGCCUGACGGGGAUGAUCACCCUCGCCGCGUCCGAACAAGUGGCAGACAUGCUCGGCGACCUCAAAACGACGCACCUCCUCGGCGCCGCCCCGCGCGUGCAGCUCUACGCCCAAUGCUGCGGCGCCCUCGUCUCCAUCUUCCUCUCCGCCGGCAUGUACAUCGUCUUCGUCAAGGCCUACCCCUGCAUCAACUCCCUCACCGAGACCACCUGCGCCUUCCCCGCGCCCGACGUCGGCGCCUGGCGCGCCGUCGCCGUCGCCGUCUCCGCCCCCGCGCUCCCCAUCCCGCGCUCCUCCGGCAUCGCCGCGCUCGCCCUCGGCGCCGCCGCGGUCCUCUCCACCGCCGCCAAGUACACGUUGGUGCGCGCGGGGUCCCCCCGCCGCAACUGGUUCCCGAACUGGAACGCGGUCGGGAUCGCGCUCAUCCUCGGCCCGCUCUGCACGUACCCGGUCGCGAUGCUCUGCGGGAGCGUCGCCGCGCGCGUGUGGCGCGCGCGCUGGCCCGUGGGCGCGGCCGUGUACUGCUACGCGGUCGCGGCGGGCAUGAUCGCCGGCGAGGGCCUCGGCGGGAUCGCGAACGCGGUUCUCCAAAUCGCGGGGGUCUCGGGGGCGGUGAAGGGGACCAGCGUCGGGUGCCCGCUGGAUGUGUACUGUGGGUAG